CAGAAACCCUUCACUCCGUGCGCGGAUGCUGUGCCACAUGCGCGCGUCACUGUCAGCCACGCAAACUGCUGAGCAGCGCAGCGGCACCAUGCAUGUGCAACAUAAAGACCGCAGAAUGACGAACUUGUGGAUAUUGACUUUAAUGACUUUCGUCUAACCCUCCAUCCCUGGAUAACGGUCUCUGCUUUUGUUCUGGAUACGGAUCGCGGAGCUGGAUCUCGUCCUGCAGGCUGCAGACUAAGAAGGAUUAUAUUUAUUCUGGUCUUUUUGUUUUUGUACACUUUGGAAUUGGACCGUUUUGCUGGAGGAGAUCUUGAUUUUGGAAGGAUAACGCGCAGCACAUCACAAAGGAUGGCCAUUAGGUUCACUUCUAACCUCGCUAUAGUUUUAACAGUUUUCACGCAGGUUCUGGGGUCAGGUGUGUUCGAGCUCGCGCUCCAUCACUUUGAGAAUUCCAAAGGUUUGCUAGCGAACGGGCGCGGCUGCGGCGCGAGCGGCUGCACGACUUAUUUCAGGGUUUGUCUGAAGAACUUCCAGACGGUGGUGACUCCUGGUUGCUGUCUGUUCGGCGCGGCCAUCACACCUGUUCUGGGCACGGACUCGUUCAGUAUCCAGUCCAGGCUGCGGCUGCCGCUCAACGUCACCUGGCCGGGUGCUUUCUCACUCAUUAUUGAAGCCUGGAAUUCUGCAGCAGAUGGAACUGCAGAUACCACCAACCCUGAGUUGUUGAUUAGUUCUUUUGCCAUCCAAAGAAAGUUGGGGAAAGGAUAUGAGUGGUCCCAGGAUGUGCAGAAGGGGAUGCAGACGGAGCUCAGGUACUCAUACCGGUUCAUCUGCAAAGACAAUUACUACGGAGACACUUGUUCCAAAAUAUGCACUCCAAGAGACGACCGUUUUGGCCACUACACCUGCCAGCCUGAUGGGCAAAUAGCCUGUCUGCCGGGAUGGAAGGGAGAAUACUGCCAAGAACCAAUUUGUCUGGAAGGCUGCAGCGAAAGGAACGGAAACUGCUCGUUACCUGGGCAGUGCAAAUGCAGAGAAGGCUGGCAGGGCCUUUUUUGUGAUGUGUGUAAACUCCACCCAUCCUGUAAACAUGGUACAUGUCGGGAGCCGUGGCAGUGCACCUGCAAAGAAGGCUGGGGAGGCAUCUUCUGCGACCAAGAUCUGAACUAUUGCACCCAUCACAAACCGUGUGCCAACGGGGCCACGUGCAUGAACACGGGCCAAGGGAGCUACACUUGCACCUGCCUGGCAGGCUUCACCGGGGUGAACUGUGAUGCAAAGGUCAGGGAGUGUGAUAGCCAGCCGUGUCGCAACGGAGGCCGCUGCCUGCCCUCUGAGAACGGCUACAGAUGUGUUUGCCCGCAGAGGUUCGAAGGGGAACACUGUGAACUCAGGGUGCGGACCUGUGCCGAUACUCCCUGCUUCCACGGUGGCAAGUGCAGAGAAAAAGACAAAGUGCACAGUUAUAUCUGCGAGUGUCCCGCAGGCUACACCGGACUCAACUGUGAGAAGAAAAUGGACAGAUGCACCUCACUGCAAUGCACCAACGGUGGGCACUGCGUGAUCCUCAAUACCCUCACGGUGUGCAGCUGCCGUUCAGGCUUCACGGGACUCAGGUGUGAGAUUAACAUCAACGAGUGUGCCACCAGCCCCUGCGCCAACGGUUCCACUUGUGUAGACCGUAUCAAUGACUACACCUGCACCUGUCUGCCAGGGUACGCAGGCCGUCACUGCGACAAGCUUACAGACCGCUGUACAUCUCAGCUGUGCUUCAACGGAGGGACCUGCACUGUCGGACCGAGAGGCCAGGCUACCUGUAUCUGCCCGGUCCAUUACAGCGGAUCCCAGUGCCAGUCCUUCAGUGCGCCUUUGACCAAUACCCCCAGCCCCAGUAUAGGCUGGGAGUCCAGCGAGAGACUGAGCAUAGCAGCAAUGGGCAUGGGAGUAGGUUUGGUGGCUAUCCUGGUGCUUUUCUUCAUGGCCAUGGUCAUAAUGCGUCACAUCAGGAAGCAGAGGAACAAGAAGCAGGACUCGGAGACGAUGAACAACCUCUCCAAGAUUGACUUUCAGAAAGAGAACCUUAUCUCUACUGUAGAGCUCAAGAACACAAAUAAAAAGACAGACCUAGAGGUGGAGUGUCCUAAAGAAAAGUCUAAUCAUAAACACAUCAACCACUACCACCCAGAUUGCAAAACAUCCACGAGGUACAACGAUGAACUGUUCCUUCUGGAUAAAGACGAAAACUGUGAAAGGACAAUAGAUGACAAAAUACAUUUGAGUAGAAUGUACAGGGAAAGGCCAGAAAGCACAAUAUCAACAAUCUACUCCUCCAGAGAUUCAAUGUACCAAUCUGUGUUUGUAAUCGCUGAGGAGAAACGCGAAUGCGUCAUCGCAACCGAGGUAUAAUAAAUAGAAGAUACUACUGUCGACAAAUUUCUUGUGGACUGUUUACAAAAGUGGAGAGAGUGGGAUUUAUUUACAUGGAAGUUGCUGCUCGUAAAAACUUGAUAACUGGACGGAGUCACUGUGCUCUUUGAAUGCAACAGAAAUAAAGCUACUUAUUUUUUGUUAGAAUGUAAAGACGACGGAGAAUAAUGAGCAAAUCUGACUUGUGGGUGUGGCUUUAAUGUCAUCAUCGAUUCAAAACGUAUGGUCAGAUCCGUCCAAGUUCAUCCAAGGGCAACGGGCCAAGAGGUUUCCGUCGGCGCACUGAUCACCAGGAGAGGACUUUUUGAUUUUCUCCUCUCCACCUUAUUACAGUAAUCAGCAAUCAACAAAUCAGCCAACAAGCUGGUUGGUUUUUUGUUUAGUCUUUUGAAUGAUCUGGAAAUGCGCUCUGCAAACAAAAAUGAACAUUGUGUUUAAAAAAAAAAAAAAAAAACACAAACUACUGAAAAUGGUUCAUUUUUAUAUCAUGUUUUUUUUUUUUUUUUUUAUCUGACCUGUCCAGUAAAGAAUGUACAGAGCAAAGCCUUAUAUGUGUUUAAGGGGUUUAAAAUACCCUCACCAUGCCCCGUUCCGUUGUGAUUCUGGUUGUGCCAUGCAGGGAAACCCAACAUAAGGCCUUAUUUUACAUUAUGCAAACUCACCCACAAAUAAAGACAAAGAACUACAGUGACUAUCAUACCAACGAUGCCUUCACUGUAAAUUACUCAAUAUUUUGUAAGAUUAGUAUUUCAUUAGGUAUUUAAGAAUAUCAAGCACUGAUCUUUCUCUCUGUUUUAUAUGAUGAUUUUGUAUAUAAUGUAUAUUUAUAUCUUAAGAUUAGAAGUAUAAAUUGUACAUCUGUUUUUAUGUUGAUACCCCCAAAAAGGUGAAUUUUUUUUAAACUUGUUGUUGGCGUUUGCUUGUUUGUUUUUAAUGAAAACCUAUCAAAGAGUACAUAUGUGGUACACUGUUUGUUUGUCAGUCUUCAGUGGUGGUCAAAUAGAAGUUUGCCUCAAUGUUGGACUCAUAUAGAAUUUAUAUUUGUGUCAUCUGAUGUUUAAGUGGCUUUUGUUGUGUAGAUACAGCAAUAUUUGGCUUUGUAGACUUUCUAAAGAUUCCAUGCGUUUGUAACAUUUGUGACGGUGCGACGAGUGAGUUAGCGGUCACUGAGUGGAAAGGAUUUUAUUUGGAAGCAAUGUAA